UUUUAUUUGGGGCCAAACAGGUUCUAAUUAUGGUUAACAAGUUAAACAAUACACUUAUGUAAAGGAGCAAAGAGGCCGCAGAAUUAUGAAAAAGAAAGUUAUUUAAACCCUACUAUUAGCCGUUCUACAAAACCUUUCUCCCAAUUAACCUUUGCAUUGUUAUUGUUUUGUGAUCAUGGAUUCAGAUUCUUUUGCAACGAAAGCACCUAGAAAGGUGAGAUUUGCACCGAAAGGUCCUCCUCGUAGAGCGCAGAAAACUGUUCUGCCCAAACCAGAAAACGUUGAAGCUGAUGGUGAUGCCGCUAAAGCAGAGGAAUUGAUGCAGCGCUUCAAUGAAGCUUCUGCAAAAGUUAAACAUAAAGUAGAAAAGAAAGGACCUACUCAAGUUGCAUUUGGUUAUGGAGGUUCAUCAUCUUCAUUGAAAUCAUAUGGCCAUUAUAACAAGGUUUCUGGAUCAAUGUCCGAUGGUUCUGCAGGUGGUAUCGGUGGGGAGCGAGUGCAGAAGGAAUACACCGAGCCAUGGGAUUACUAUACCAACUAUCCUGUAACGCUUCCCGUGAGGAGGCCCUAUUCAGGAAAUCCAGAACUUCUUGACGAGGAAGAAUUUGGGGAAGCUUCCCGAAGCUUGACUUAUGAUGAGAAUUCCAUAAAACCAGCGAUGGAUCUUGGUCUAAUGGAGGAGAGUCUGGAGGAAAAGAUGUUCUUGGUGCAAUUACCAACCAUGCCAAUGUUGAAGCAAUCUAUUAAAACAGAAGGCAGUGAGAUGGCGAACAGCUCAAAGCCUUCAAAGGCUAAGGCCUGCAGUUUAAAUGAGUUACCUGCAGGAUUCAUGGGUAAAAUGUUAGUGUACAAAAGCGGCGCUGUUAAGCUGAAGCUUGGUGAAACCCUUUUUAAUCUUUCUCCAGGUAUGGAUUGCUCGUUUGCCCAGGAUGUUGUUGCGGUUAAUACAGAAGAGAAGUAUUGCUCUAACAUUGGGGAGCUCACUAAGCGUAUCAUUAUAACACCAGAUGUGGAUUCACUCUUGGAUUCUAUCUGAUUAUGUUGGUGUAGUUGCUAUUUAUUAAGCUUUAGUUAUACAUAUAGCAAUUAACUAUUCUUAUUUGAAGUUAGCACAGCUUUAUACCCCUUGUAGGCACUUAUUUAGCCCUUUUCAAUGAUGAACAAUUAGCAUAAUACAUGAAAUUUGUUUGUUCUUUCAUAAGACUAA